AUGAAGAUUGAAGUGGGUUUAGGAGGAAAUGGGUUAUGGAAUGAAGAUGAAAAAGCUAUGGUGGUUGAAGUUUUAGGUGUAAAAGCAUUUGAUUACUUGGUUACAAAAUCAGUUUCUAAUGAGAGUCUUUUGAUGGCUAUUGGAAGUGGUGAGAAUCUCCAAAACAAGCUUUCUGAUCUAGUUGAGAGAUCCAACGUUUUGAAUUUCAGUUGGAAUUACGCAAUUUUCUGGCAAAUUUCUCAGUCAAAAUAUGGCGAUUGGGUUUUAGGUUGGGGAGAUGGGUGUUGUAGGGAACCAAAGGAAGAAGAAGAAAAGGAUUUAGGAAUGAAAAGUGUUGUUAGUUUGAAUUCUAUUGAAGAUGAAAAGCAACAGAGGUUAAGGAAAAGGGUGUUGCAGAAGCUUCAUACAACAUUUGGUGGUUCAGAUGAAGACAAUUAUGCGUUUGGAUUGGACCGAGUCACCGAUACCGAGAUGUUCUUUCUUGCUUCAAUGUAUUUCUCUUUUGCUAAUGGAGAUGGUGGACCAGGUAAGUGUUUUGCAUCUGGGAAGCAUUUGUGGCUAUGUGAUGCAUUGAAAUCUGGUAGCUCUGAUUAUUGUGUUAGGUCUUUCUUGGCGAAAUCGGUUGGAUUUCAAACUAUUGUUUUAGUUCCUACUGAUUUAGGUGUUGUUGAAUUGGGUUCUGUUAGAAUGGUGGGUGAAAGCUUUGAGUUGUUGCAGACUGUUAAAUCUGUGUUUUCGACACAAUCGUCGCUUGCUAGGGUUAAGUCGAUUUCGUCAUUGGAUGGAAAAAGAGGGGAGAAUGUGAAUGAGAAUGAGAAUGAGAAUGAGAUUGCCCCUUUUUCUUGUUUGAAAGUCGGCGAGAGUAUUAAGAACAAUAAUAGUAAUGGUAAUCUUCAUCUUCGUCGGAAUGAUAAUGAUAGUAGAGUAGAGGUGAUUGGAGUUCCGAAGAUUUUCGGGCAGGACUUGAACUCGGCGACACAUUUUCGGGAGAAACUUGCUGUUAGGAAAAUGGAUGAGAGGCCGUCAUGGGGAGUCCGUCCGAAUGGGAAUGGAAUUAGUUUUCCGAACGGUGUUCAUGGUUCGGGUUGGAGAGGAGGUAGUCAAGUUGUGAGGCAGCAUGUGCCUGCCGAUGUUUUUGCUCCUAGGCCUUCCGCGAGUAAUGCGCCUGAGCUUGCUAAUGGAGGCGGGAGGCAUGAUUUUGUGCUAAACAACUACCAACAGCAACGGAAGGCACAGAUGCAGAUUGAUUUUUCCGGAGCCACAUCAAGACCUUCUGUGAGAUCGAUCGUCGGUGAAUCGGAGAUUUCUGACGUUGAGGCCUCUUGCAGGGAUGAUGCACCGAGUCCCUCCGACGAUAGGAGGCCGAGGAAGCGGGGUAGAAAGCCAGCUCAUGGAAGAGUAGAACCUCUUAAUCAUGUGGAGGCAGAGAGACAAAGACGCGAGAAGCUAAACCAGCGUUUUUACGCCUUACGAGCUGUUGUCCCAAAUAUCUCCAAGAUGGACAAAGCAUCUUUAUUGGGAGACGCUAUCGCUUACAUCAACGAACUUCAAGCAAAACUCAAGUCAAUGGAAUCCGAAAGAGAACAACAACUUGCAACCACUUCUAGAGACGGAUCAUCAUCGGCAUUACAAACAAACUCUAGACCGGAAAAUCAUCAAAACAAAACUCCGGAAAUCAACAUUCAAGCUACACAAGAAGGCGUCAUCGUAAAGGUGAGUUUCCCUAUUGAUGUUCACCCUAUUUCAAAACUCAUCCAAGCAUUCAAAGACACCGAAAUCACUAUCCUCGAGUCAAAGCUCAACGCCACAAACGACACUGUCUUCCACACAUUCAUAAUCAAGUCCCAAACCUCCGAGCAGCUUACAAAGGAGAAGUUAAUCGCAGCAUUUUCCAAAGAAUCAAACUCCUUAUAG